AAUCAAGAAUUUAAAAGAUUUAACGGAUCAUUAAAAAUUUUUGAAGAAACUCCUAGAUCAAUAAACAUGACUGAAUUUUAUGAUUUCAAAGUUAAUGAUAUUAAGAAAAACCCAUUUGACCUUAAGGAAUUGAAAGGAAAAGUUGUUUUAAUUGUUAAUGUCGCUUCACAAUGUGGAUUUACUAAGCAAUACACAGGAUUGGAACAACUCUAUCAAGAGUUUAAGGAUCAAGGCUUUGUCAUGCUCGGAUUUCCUUGUAACCAAUUCGGAGGGCAAGAACCCGGCACUGAAGAACAGGUUGAAAACUUUUGCAGAGUUAGUAAUUACCAAGUUACUUUCCCGUUGUUUGCCAAAAUUGAAGUAAACGGAGACAAAGCAGAACCUCUUUAUGAGUUUCUCAAGAAUAAUGCACCCGAGACGAAAAAUGGAUCCGAACAAGAGAAAAGAAUUCCGUGGAAUUUUACUAAAUUCUUGAUUAAUCGUCAAGGAAAGAUUGUUCAUAGAUAUGAACCUAAUAUCACGCCCGAAAGUAUCCGCGGUGCCGUUGCAGAAGUAUUGAACGAACCAAAAAGCUGUUUAUGGUAA